AUGCGAGCUCUGGUGACUGGUAUGCUUUGGAGGACGUUUUUAUUGACACCCUUCAAACUCAUUAAAGUAUUUCUUCAUGAGGCAAGCCAUGCAAUUGCUUGUAAGCUUACAUGUGGUGAGGUAGAGGGCAUUCAAGUUCAUGCAAAUGAAGGUGGGGUCACUCAGACACGUGGCAGUAUCUAUUGGUUGAUCUUGCCAGCUAGAUAUCUCGGUUCAUCGUUUUGGGGAAUGGCUCUCAUACUUGCAUCAACAAAUCUACUCACCGCAAGGAUUGCUGCCGGUUGUCUUAUUCUUUCCCUUCUUAUUGUCCUCUUCAUAGCCAAAAAUUGGACACUUCGUAGGCUUUGCAUUGGAUUUAUCGUUUUUAUCGGUGUUAUUUGGCUGCUGCAAGAACUGACUACAGUUCGUAUUCUUCGCUACAUUAUUCUCUUUAUUGGUGUUAUGAAUAGUUUGUUUUCAGUUUACGAUAUAUAUGACGAUUUGAUAUCUCGAAGAGUGCACUCGAGCGAUGCUGAGAAGUUUGCAGAACUCUGCCCUUGUCCUUUCGCCGGUGUUUACACCGUUUGUGGCGUCGACGGCCACGUCAUCGCUGCCGACUACGACGACACAAUACUGACUUACAGUGUCGCCGUCGACCACCAUAUAAGUCAACUCGACUGGCGAGAAACCACCGGCGGCAGCGAGAUCAAGGCUGACGGAGCAGAGCCGGAGUCAUCCUGGACAUAG